AGGGCAGCUCUUACCCAUCCAUGUCUCCGGAUCCUCUUGGCUCGAUUGCUUUGACCUGGCAGUCUGUGCCUGGCCAAUCUGCAAUCUCCGCGUAUGAGCACCGAUCGCCAGUGACUGAUCACCAUGGCAACCAAGCACCGGAGGCGUCUAAGAGUAACGGGAGAGAGCAGCGGGGAUGCAGCUGGGCCUAGCCGCGGUGCUCAGGCAGGGAAGUGUAGUUUUAAGAAAAGAGGAACUCGGGAAAUAUCAUGGAGAAGUCUCUUGGUAUGGGGUGUUCUCUCCGUCAUUAUGGCAAUCGCUGUCAUAUUCCUUCUAUGGCUCUAUCCCAGUGGCGACGUGAUGGAGGUCCUAGCUGCGCAGCGGGAAACCCUGCAACACAGGUUUUACCCAGUGCCUUGCUCACAGGAUUACAAUAACCACAAGAUGUUUACAGGGUGCACCCCACUGAAAUGUGGGAGAGCGGUGACAGAUGCUGUUGUAACGCAACAGGAAGCCCAGAGAAUGCUGAGGAUAGCUGAGGCUGGCUUUUCCCUUGGAGGCUCUGACGGAGGGGCUUCUAUUUUAGACCUGCACUCUGGAGCACUAUCAAUGGGAAGGAAUUUUGUAAAUAUGUAUCGGUACUAUGGGGAAAAAAUGAAAGAAAUCCUGACCGAGGAGGAUUUACAGCUGUAUCGGGAUAUCAGGCUGAGAAUCCAGCAGGAAAUUGCGAGAACAUUCAGUCUUGACGCCACUUCUCUGUAUCUUACAAAACCCACUUUCUUUUCCCGUAUAAACAGCUCUGAAGCGAAGACCACUCAUGAUGAAUACUGGCACCCCCAUAUUGAUAAGGUGACCUAUGGAUCAUUUGAUUACACAUCCUUGCUGUAUCUGUCUGACUACUCUAGAGAUUUUGGUGGAGGGAGAUUCAUUUUCGUUAAUGAAAAGAUGAACAGCACAGUGGAGCCUAGAGCUGGCCGCCUUUCUUUCUUUACAUCAGGAUCUGAGAAUUUGCAUCAUGUGGAAAAAGUGAGCUGGGGCACCAGAUAUGCCAUCACCAUCUCCUUUACCUGCAAUCCAGACUACAGUAUCAAGGACCCUACGUGGACUUAGCACUGUUUCAUAGCUCCGACCUUAUGGCCAUUCCUGAAUGUAUCACUGUACUUCUGCCUGGCCUGGGCUGGCAAAGUAUUAUGGAUAAAAGAACGCAUGCGACUCAACAUUGUACACAAACAUAAACGACAUGGACACAGCAGCAGAGACCUUAUAUGGAUAUAAUAGAACAUCUCCAGCAUCUUCGGGAACUACUCCGCAGAAGCCCCUCUGGACAUGAAACAACUGCUAUAACCCCUGGUACUGAAAUAAAGACAUUUACUUUCCAGCCAACCUCUACUCAGCCACUAUUUUGUUGUUUACUCUAGUAUUGGACAAAAUCAGUAGCAUGCACAGAGAGUACACAUUGGGGGUCAUUCCGAGUUGAUCGCUCGCUGACUAUUUUUGCAGCGAUCAGGUGAAAAAAUUGCAUUUCUGCGCAUGCGUAUGCCCCGCAAUGCGCACGCGCGACUUACGGGUACAAAGCUCUUUGUGGUUGUGCUCAGGUUCUAGCGAAGUUUUCCUUCGCACUGGCGGCCACAAGAAGAUUGACAGAAAGGGGACGUUACUGGGUGUCAACUGACCGUUUUCAGGGAGUGUUUGUAAAAACGCAGGCGUGGCUGGGCGUUCGCCGGGCGGGUGUAUGACGUCAAAUCGAAUAGGCUGAAGUGAUCGCAAGCGCUGAGUAGGUUCAGAGCUACUCUGAAACUGCACAAACUGUUUUUGUAGAGCUCGGCUGCACAUGCGUUCGCACUUCUGCUAAGCUAAAAUACACUCCCCAGUGGGCGGCGGCAUAGCGUUUGCACGGCUGCUAAAACUAGCUAGCGAGCGAUCAACUCGGAUGACCCCCAUUGUGUGAAGCAGCCCUUAAUCGUAUUUUACUCUUCUGUGCAACUGUAUAUUUGUAAUUUUGCACAAAAUAGCUAUAAGAAUAUUGCUCUAGUGGGAAUGAUCCAAUCAGAACUGAAGAUCUCACUGUUCAGUAUGUUUUGUGGAAUGUUUUUCACCUUUUUAGUUGGCAUUUUUCCUGUCUCCAAACACCAUGUACAGUACCACAUGUAUUCAAAAUAAGGGAUUGGGUAAAAGGCGGGACAGUCCAGACCGGCUACCUACAGUACAGUGACCUUUGCCACAGUGGAGCUUGUAGUGCGCCUCCCUGUCUGGGGUAUGUCUGGGAAGGCUGUCACCGGGGAUACGGGAAGGGAGAGAUUACAGCCUCCCCAUAUGGUCCAGGGAUGGGGUAAAAACCAGAACAGUCCGGACAAUGCGAGAAGGCUGUAAUCUCUCCCUCCUUAGUGACAGCCUUCCCAGACACCCCCCAGGCGGGAAAGCCCCCAACGGGGACGCAAACUACAAGCUCCAAAGUGGCAAAGGUCACUACAUAGAGACAGUCUGGUCAAGCCUUUCCGGGUCCUGGACCGUUCCAGUUUUUACCCAGUCUCUAAUAAUAAUACUAUGUAAGACUAAAAGUUUUAUCCAUUGAUUUAACAUAUAAUAUUAUGCUGCAUUACAGAUUUCAUGUGUACACGGACUUGAAAUGUUAAUCCUAAGUAGAUUCAUUGCUGUUGUAUAGCCCCCUAUAUUGAUUAACAUGCAGAAAUGUAUUUAUAUUAUAGAGAAAUGAUUCAGAGGUUAUGCAUAAAGAUUUAAAAAAAAAAAAAAAAAAAAGCAUUAGCACCAGUUUCUCUAACGUCCUAGUGGAUGCUGGGGACUCCGUAAGGACCA